GCCUAUUUGACCAUUUAUAAUAAUCCCAGGCUCCGAUGAUCUGAUCUGCACCGACUUGAUGCUCUUUUGAUCUAACUAUGAACUUACAAAGAGAGCUUCUGCAUCUCAGAACUCAGAAGCUUUAUAUACAAUGACUUUAUGAUUCGAUUUUGAUUUAUAUGACCGUUUAUCAGAUAUGGGGAGAGGAGGAUCAUUGAUAACGAUGAGGGCAUUCGAUUGGAAGGCGGGGCAGAUAAUAAUGGUGGCACUCUUGGUGAUGAUUGGAUCUUUCUACACUGGAACUCUCUUCGGACCCAAAGAUUCUUACUUUUCUCCUUCUCUGCACCCUCCUGAACAGAACCCGCAAGAAGAACAGGUCGCGGUCAGUUCGAAUCCCAACUUAUCUUACACUGCCUCUGGUAGUCCGACAUUUACAAACAAAGUUGCUCUUACUUAUCGAAUGGUACCACUCACUAUACCAGAAACUGGGAUGAAUGUUUGCCCUCUUAAAUUCAACGAGCAUAUCCCAUGUAAUGAUGUGUCCUAUAUUAAAGAGUUACUGCCAAAAUUAGAUCUUACUAGGAAGGAAGAGCUAGAGAGGCAUUGUCCUCCUCUAGAGAAGCGCUUGUUUUGUUUGGUUCCACCUCCGGUGGAUUAUAAGGUACCAAUCAAGUGGCCUAUUAGCCGGGAUUAUGUAUGGCGAAGCAAUGUCAACCACUCACAUCUUGCUGAAGUGAAAGGAGGACAAAAUUGGGUGCAUGAGAAGAACCAGCUCUUGUGGUGGUUUCCAGGAGGUGGAACUCAUUUCAAGCAUGGAGCAUCUGAAUACAUUCAGAGAUUGGGAAAUAUGACAACCAAUGAGAAAGGUGACUUACGUUCUGCAGGGGUAUUUCAAGUGCUUGAUGUUGGCUGUGGUGUUGCUAGUUUUUCGGCAUAUCUUCUUCCACUAGACAUAGAAACUAUGUCCUUUGCUCCAAAAGAUGGUCAUGAAAAUCAAAUUCAGUUUGCUUUAGAACGAGGGAUUGGGGCUAUGAUUUCUGCUUUAGCUACUAAACAAUUGCCAUAUCCAAGCGACUCCUUUGACAUGGUCCAUUGUUCUAGAUGUCGUGUUGAUUGGCAUGAAAAUGAUGGUAUACUACUUAAGGAAGUGAAUCGUCUAUUGAGAUUAAAUGGAUAUUUUGUCUAUUCAGCCCCACCAGCUUAUAGAAAGGAUAAGGAUUUUCCAGAGAUAUGGGACAAGUUAGUCACAAUUACUUCUGCAAUGUGUUGGAAACUAAUUGCCCGACAAGUUCAAACAGCAAUAUGGGUCAAACAAGAAAAUAAUUCAUGUCUUCAGCAAAGUGCAGAUCAACAGCUUGUGAAAUUAUGUGAUUCUGAGUCUACUAUGCCAUCAUGGAAAACACCAAUGGGAAAUUGUGUUACACUAAGUAACACGAUAUAUAAUAACUCUAAAAAGCUCCCUCCACGGCCUCAACGACUUUCAGAGUAUUCACAAAGUCUCGUAACAAUAGGUGUUGAUCAUGAGAAGUUCUUGUCAGACACAAUCUAUUGGCAAGACCAAGUUAGGCAUUAUUGGAGGUUGAUGAAUGUUAAAGAGAAAGAAAUACGUAAUGUGAUGGACAUGAGUGCUUUCCUUGGUGGAUUUGCAGUGGCUUUGAACACAUGGCCAGUCUGGGUAAUGAAUGUAGUUCCUGUAAGCAUGAACAAUACCCUAUCUGCCAUUUAUGACCGUGGGUUGGUUGGCAGUUUUCAUGACUGGUGUGAGCCAUUUUCAACAUAUCCACGGUCGUAUGAUCUGUUGCAUGCCAAUCAUCUUUUUUCUCACUAUAGAAAUCGUGAAGAAGGUUGUUUGAUGGAAGAUAUUAUGCUGGAGAUGGAUCGUAUGCUAAGGCCUCAGGGAUUUAUUAUUAUUAGAGAUGAAGAAACUGUUGUGAGUAGGAUAAGAGAUCUAGCUCCAAAGUUUUUUUGGGAUGCCCAGUUACAUUUUCUAGAAGAAGAUGACCACUCAAAGAAAACAGAAGCCGUCUUAUUGUGCAGGAAAAAAUUCUGGGCAAUCGUUUGAUGCCAAAUUUUGCUCUGGGCAACAUCACUCAGCAAUUCUGUGUUCUACUUCAUUUCAUCUUUAAUUAAUUAAUUAGUUUUCGAAGACAACUGAGUGAUUGACCAAUUGUAACUAGGGGUACUCCUGGUGCAGUUCUCUACUGGCCUGCUCCGUGCCAAAAGAAUUGCUUUACCCGUGAUGGAGGAUUGAAAAAUAGGUACAUGUCCGGUCUUCGGCCUAUUCUGGUUCCAGGUUCGGUGCUUUCACCUAUUAAAAAUGUGUUCCGUCAAGGCCAUUUUACGAGGAGCUGGAAUCAAAAUCGAUUUAAACCAGUUGUGGGACUAGUUCUGGUCUACAAUUGGAUUACUGCCCAAUAGAGUUUAGGUGCCGUGUAUGUGCAAAUGAGGAUGUAAUCUAACUUGAUAAGAGAAAUCAGAAAAUUUCUAGUGUUAGAUCUAGACCAAAAGUGGUUAAGGGUUCAGUUUUUUUUAUAAUUGACAUUGUAUUAGAUUGAGGUUGAUAUUAAUAGUUGAUACUAAUGAAUAACAAUGGACCGUUAGAUUUUUUGGUUUGACCAAAUAGUUGACAGCCUGACAGGUUGAGUGCAUUUCUGCGUGUGUGUGACUGUGUGAUAGUCUUUGUGGGUGUAAUUGUUAACCAUCCCUAAGGGUCCUAACCCUAGUGACAUUCCCUCGCUACAUCCACCGGUAUGGAAUACUCAUGGAGUCAUGGUGGAUUAAUUAAUGUUAAUAGUUGUCUGUGAUCCAGUCAUGUUUUCUCUAAUUGUUU